GGCGCUCCUGUCUUCUUAUCUUUUUAAAUGCAAAUCUUCGGCUGCACAAAUUAGUUGACGUCACCUGCCUUUCGUUCGCCUUUACUAAUAGAAGCUUGUAAACACUCGUUAAUCAUGUGAGACGCGAGCGAAUCGCCCUGAUCGCCUUUGGAAACGCACUAGCAAACCAGGGAAAAGAAAAUCUUGAAACGACAGUAAUCUGGAUUUCUCCGGAACAGCAUGCCGAUUGCGCCCCGCCGCCAACAUGUACGUGAGCUAUCUACUGGAUAAAGACAUCAGCAUGUACCCAGGCUCCGUCCGGCAUUCUGGCAUUAACUUGGGCACUCAGAACUUCGUCAACACGCCACAAUACACGGAUUAUGCUGGCUAUCAUGUACCCGGCGUAAACCUGGACAAUCACACUCAGUCUUCAGGAUCCUGGCCUUCCCCUUACGGGCCACCCCGGGACGACUGGAGUGCGUACGCGGCGCCCACUAGCACUGUCCACGGCAUCAACACCUCGCCGGGAUCUCUUUCUUACAACCCAGCAGAAUAUAAUUCCGUCCAGAACCCGACAUCUGGCGUGAUACAGCCUCUAAACAAUAAUCUAUUGGAACAGCAUUCCCCCAAUAGCCAAAGGCGCAACCCUUACCAAUGGAUGAGGAAACCAAACCAGCAGCUGUCCGCUACAGAUAAAACAAGAACAAAGGACAAAUACCGAGUGGUUUACACAGAUCACCAGAGGCUGGAGUUGGAGAAAGAGUUUCACUACAGCCGCUACAUCACCAUUCGGCGGAAAGCUGAGCUGGCUGCAAAUCUGGGGCUUUCCGAGAGACAGGUCAAGAUCUGGUUUCAAAACAGAAGGGCCAAGGAGCGAAAGCUGACAAAGAAGAAGCUACAACAGCAAUCUCAGCAGGCGUCGGCUCAGUUGAGCCCGGUUCCACCCGGGCCAGCCGGUUCCCUGUCGGUGGGCAACGGCGGUGUGUUGGGGUCUGCCGGUAGCGCGGUUUUACCGGGCACAGUCUCCCAGUGAAUGCUGUUUCCACACACCCGAAGGGACAGAGGGAAAGCACGAACUGGCGCCUAUAUAAUAAGCAGGAGUACCAGACUCUUCAGUGUCCAAGAGUACAUUCUACAGCACUCCACGAUUCCACAAUGGCAACGCCAGGGGUUUAACAUUAAAAACAUUUUCUGCAAGACUUCGGCAAGUUUGUCCGUGAAACAACACCGAAGCUUUGCCGCCGACCUAAUGACAAUGUGAACGAUUUUUUCUCCCCCUCUGUGUUUCAGGCUUUAUAUCAGUGAAAUAUUUUAAUAUAGUUGUCAAAAGUUAGAUUAUAUCCGAGUCUGUGAAACACGACAAGAUGCAUUUCGACAUUUCAAAUGUGAACUCCCUUUUCUCUCCGAAAUGCACCGGCAUUGUAUUGUACUUAUUGUAAUUGUUUUUCAUUUUUCCGUGUUCAUAAUUUCUACAUUUUCCCCUUUAGAGAUACUUUUAUAAAUCUUUUGGGUUAGUUGCGAGUGGACUAGUUUAUUAUAAUGUAGAGUUUGAAACCUGUGUUCUGAAUCGCACCAUUUGGGCGGCACAGUGGCGCAGCGGUGGAGCCAGAGAUCCAGGUUCGAUCCUGACCUCGGGUGCUUCGCUCUCCUUGUUACCGGGUGGGCUCUCUCCGGAUGCUCCCGUUUCCUCCCGCACUCCAAAGACCCUACCGGGUUGUAGGUUUAUUAACUUCGGUACAUUUGUAAAUCGUCCCUUGUGCUUAGGAUAAUGCUAGAGCACGUGGUGAU